AAUCUCGGGCUUGCAGCAUCUUUGUCCCGGGGCAAGGCGGGUGCUGGGCGGCCCGCUGCGUGGGGAACCCCGGGGCUGACUGAUCCGGGCCCCCUGCACCCCGAUGGGCUUGGCGGAGCCGGCGCUAUGGCCGCCCUGUACCAGAGCGCGGACCCGUCCGCCUCGGCCUCCCCCAACAAGCUGCUGGCGCUGAAGGACGUGAGGCAGGUGAAGGAGGAGACCACCUUGGACGAGAAGCUUUUCCUGCUGGCCUGCGACAAAGGUGACUAUUACAUGGUUAAUAAACUCUUGGAGCAGAACAGCUCAGGUGACAUGAACAUAAAUUGUGUGGAUGUGCUUGGAAGAAAUGCUAUAACCAUUACCAUUGAAAAUGAAAACUUGGACAUAUUACAGCUGCUUUUGGAUUAUGGCUGUCAGUCAACAGAUGCACUUUUAGUGGCAAUUGAUUCAGAAGUGGUGGGAGCUGUUGAUAUUUUACUUAAUCAUCGACCAAAACGAUCCUCAAGACCAACUAUUGUAAAACUUAUGGAGCGUAUUCAGAACCCAGAGUACUCAACAACUAUGGAUGUAGCGCCUGUCAUUCUAGCUGCUCAUCGUAACAAUUAUGAGAUCCUUACUAUGCUGUUGAAACAGGAUGUAUCUCUACCCAAACCUCACGCUGUUGGCUGUGAAUGCACCUUGUGCACGGCAAAGAACAAAAAGGAUAGCCUACGGCACUCCAGAUUUCGUCUUGACAUCUAUCGUUGUUUGGCCAGUCCUGCCUUAAUAAUGUUGACAGAGGAGGAUCCAAUCCUGAGAGCUUUUGAACUUAGUGCAGACUUAAAAGAGUUAAGUCUUGUCGAAGUUGAAUUCAGAAAUGAUUAUGAGGAACUAGCCCAGCAGUGCAAAACCUUUGCUAAAGAUUUACUUGCACAGGCACGGAACUCACGGGAGCUGGAAGUUAUCCUAAACCAUACAGCUAGUGAUGAGCAUGUGGACAAACGAGGAUUGUUAGAAGAGAGGAUGAAUUUGAGUCGCCUAAAACUUGCUAUCAAGUAUAACCAAAAGGAGUUUGUUGCCCAGUCUAACUGCCAGCAGUUUCUCAACACUGUGUGGUUUGGACAGAUGGCAGGCUACCGACGCAAGCACACGUGUAAGAAGAUUUUGACUGUUUUGACAGUUGGCAUCUUUUGGCCAGUUCUGUCUCUCUGUUACUUAUUAGCCCCUAAAUCUCGAGUAGGUCGAAUAAUUCACACUCCUUUUAUGAAGUUUAUUAUUCAUGGAGCUUCAUAUUUCACAUUCCUGCUAUUACUUAACUUGUAUUCACUGGUCUACAAUGAGGAUAAGAAGAAUACAAUGGGGCCAGCGCUUGAGAGAAUAGACUAUCUUCUGAUAAUAUGGCUUAUUGGAAUGGUGUGGUCAGAUGUCAAAAGACUUUGGUAUGAAGGCCUGGAAGACUUUUUAGAAGAAUCUCGGAAUCAGCUUAGUUUUGUCAUGAAUUCCCUCUAUUUGGCAACCUUUGCUCUCAAAGUAGUUGCUCAUAACAAGUUCCAUGAUUUUGCUGAUAGAAAGGACUGGGACGCAUUCCAUCCUACGCUGGUGGCAGAAGGUCUCUUUGCUUUUGCUAAUGUUCUUAGUUACCUUCGACUCUUCUUCAUGUAUACAACCAGUUCUAUCCUAGGACCACUUCAGAUUUCAAUGGGGCAGAUGUUGCAAGACUUUGGAAAAUUCCUGGGGAUGUUCCUUCUUGUCUUGUUCUCAUUCACAAUUGGAUUGACCCAACUGUAUGACAAAGGAUUUACCGUAAAUGAAGAGAAGGACUGUGCAGGGAUCUUCUGUGAACAGCAAAGCAAUGACACAUUCCAUUCGUUUAUUGGCACCUGCUUUGCUCUGUUCUGGUACAUAUUCUCCCUUGCACAUGUAGCAAUCUUUGUCACUAGAUUUAGCUACGGUGAAGAAUUGCAGUCUUUUGUGGGCGCUGUUAUUGUUGGUACCUACAACGUAGUGGUUGUGAUUGUCCUUACCAAGCUCUUAGUGGCGAUGCUUCAUAAAAGCUUUCAGCUAAUAGCAAAUCAUGAAGACAAAGAAUGGAAAUUUGCUCGUGCCAAGCUUUGGCUUAGCUACUUUGAUGAUAAAUGCACACUACCUCCACCUUUCAAUGUCAUUCCCUCUCCCAAGACUAUCUGCUAUCUCUUCAACAGUCUUAGUAAAUGGAUCGGCUCUCAUACUUCGACUGGCAAAGUCAAACGUCAGAAUAGCCUAAAGGAAUGGAGAAAUCUGAAGCAAAAGAGGGAUGAGAAUUACCAAAAGGUGAUGUGUUGUUUAGUCCAUCGUUACUUAACCUCCAUGAGACAAAAGAUGCAAAGCAUGGAUCAAGCAACUGUGGAAAAUCUCAAUGAACUGCGGCAAGAUUUAUCAAAAUUCCGAAAUGAAAUGAGGGAUCUGCUUGGCUUUCGGACAUCUAAAUAUGCUAUGUUUUAUCCAAGAAACUAAGAUCCAGAUUUUAAAAGGAACGUGUCUAACUUUAGGUACUCACAGUUGAAAGUGUUGGUCUAAGUCUGUUGCCAGACCAAAUAGAAAAGCAAAUUUUUUGCACAACUUUAAAUUUGAAAAUGUAUUUGCAUGAGUUUCAGCUAAGUUCAAAAGAUGUGGAAAUGAAUGCAAAAACUGUCAUUCUUUUAAGCUCUUGAAGUGUGUAAUGUACCAGUAUGUAAAAUAUGUACAUAGCAUUUUACAAUAAAUGUUCCCCAAAAUAUGGAUUUUGACAGGUCACAUUAGCUGUCAGGCUUUGGUCUUCAUAGCUGGCAUGUUGCAUUUAUUUCCCCUAUAUUUGCUGUUUUGUCCCUCUUAGUUACUGUUUUUUCAAGUUGUGGGAAAAGAUGGAGAUCUUAACAAUACUUAAAAAUAUACCUGGUGCUUUCGUAAUAGAAAUUUAACCAGUAUAUGAUUUAAAGUAGGUUGCAGAAGAUUGCAUGACUCCGAAAAUGUUUUUGUACAUGAUGCUGUUGACUGAAUAUUAACAACUGUAAAACAUUGGGAAAUGAAAUUUGUGAUUUGUUCCCUGAAAAUUGCAGGGUACUGUGGAUGCUGAACUCUGGACAUAGAGCCAAAAUAAGCUACCCAUCGCCAGAACUUUCAUGGAUUUGUUUAAAAUAGUUGUGUCCUCUCAAAACAUGUUAAGAUUUUUCAGGUAGUACCCUGUGUGUACAUUUGCAAUAUGCAACUCUUGGGAUUUGGGAUUUUUUUAAUUAGCCUCUUAAUUUUGAGUAGUGUUCAGAAAACCUUGUGUAUCUGGAUUACACACAGUUGUUCUUUGGCAUAGGAAAACGUAAUUUUUAACAAGAAUUAGAUAUCGGUCUAGAGCAUGAAUGUUACUUGUUUGCCAGGCUAAACAUUUCUUGUCCAUUAAAACAAAUGGAAAUACUGUACAAUUCUUUCUAUGUAAGAACAUACACUAUGCCUUGACAUUGGAAGAUGUGCAUUCAGAAGGCUCUCUUUUAGAGUAUGUAUACACCACAGCUGUGAAUGUGUUUUCCAGCACAAUAGUACUCCUGGGUGAAUUCUGCACCAAAAAAGUAUUAAAAAUUCUGCAACAAAAGAUUAAGAAUGUUGCGCACGUUUUAAAAUUCUGCUAAUUUUAUUUGUCAAUAACACUACAUAAUAAUGUCAGUUUCAAUUAUUUUGACAAGUAUUUUGAAAUAAAUUAUCAGCAAGUAUGUUGGUAACAAUACAGACACACACACAGUUCCCCCCAGGAGUAGAAAGUUAAAGAAACCCCUAUGACAAUCCAGUUCCUGUUUCUCUGCCCCCUUUGUCCCCAGAGCCCAGCUGCAGGGCCCCCCUUAGCCCAGAGAUGCUCCUCCCAAGGCAGACACCUGCUCCCCUACUCCUCAGAACCCAAGGAGAAACAGCCUGAUGCUCACUGCCAUCUCCUCUCAAGGUGUGCAGGGAAUAGAAGCUGCUGGGAACCCUCUAGCUCCCUCCCCCUCCCCCCAGCAGUGUCCUCUAUGUGUGAGAACUGGGCUCUGUUGGGUCCAGCGGCCCCUAGUGGCAACAAGCAGCACUGCAGCCCAUUUAUGUGGGGGAAAGGAAAUUCUGCAUGCACAACAUGAAUUUUUGCAAAAUUCUGCAUUGCGCAGUGGCGCACAAUUCCCCCAGGAGUAACAAUAGACAGACUUGCUAAAAGUAGCAGCGUAGUUGUGGGUAGCACAGGUUGUGGCUUUUUAUAACCAUCCAAGUAUGUAUCUAGGGAGCCCAGGCCGGUUUGUACUCAGGCAGCUAGCCCAACUUGUUGCCCACAUUACCCCAGCUACACAGCUAUUUCUAGCACACUAGCUUGAGCAGAGCUGGCAUGUGUCUAGCUACCUGUGUUGAGAAGUACCCUCCCAGCUGCAGUGUAGAUGUACCCUGUGAGAGAUUUUUUUCAUAUGCUAUUUUAAAUUGAUCUUGAUAUUUUAUGUUCUUCCUGAAUUUACUGCUUCCAACUGUAAGGUGUUUGUGUCAGAAUUAUUAUUAAACAUAAUUAUUUGUGACUUUUAUUGUGCUUACAAUGGCAGGUAAAGGCUUUGUGAGCUUUCUGUGAUAGAGGGUACCAUAUCUUCAUAUGCUUGUGUAUAAUUCAAGUUGACAAACUAUAAUUGAGAAAAUGUGAGACUCCUGUAUUUUUUAAUAUGAAAAACACAUAUUUAUGACAAUUAGAGGGUUGUUUGGCAGUAAUACUGUCGAGGCAGUGUUCUCCUAACAUUCUGGGUUGGAUAUCAGAUAAUUAGUGAGUUUUAAGGCCAAAAGGCGCAGGCAGCCACAGUGGCCUAUAACCAUAACUGAUCCUGGGGCUGAUAGAGAGAUGGGGCUUUUGUCAAUGUUCCCCCUUUUGAGGAAGUUCUUAUAAAAUAUUUCUUGUAAAAGUAAUAUAUUUUCUGUACUAUGGAAUUAUGCAUAUCCCAAGUGGGAUUUAAACAUCAGGCCUUUUAAUCUCCUUCUGUAGAGAGAUUCUGAAUUGUCCAUCAGCUUUUUAAUUUGAAUGAGUGUGUUCUAAGACAAGAGGAUGAUCAAUUUCUUGACUUGGGUGUGAGUGGUGUUUAGUAUAUAAUCCAAACAUAAAAACUGUGCACUGUAUGUGUUGUGUCAUAUACUCCAAAAAAGGAAAGGAAGAAAAAAAAUUGAAAAAUAUGGUUGUAUUAGAUAUUAAUAAAAACAUAUACUUGAAACAAA